AUUCAAAGUUCCAAUUCGGAUCUCGCAUUUGCAUUUCCACUGAUCAUGACUAUUACUGAUGUUAUCACAACACCUUGGAUAAUUCAGCUGUCGUAUUUGAGAUGUAAUUUGAAUGAGCUGUACACUUUAUAUAUAUCAUUUGAUUUUUGGAAAUUUCUGAAAAUUGUAUUUGGUGGAAUGGAUGCUGCUGUUCAUCCCGUUUUGCGUCUUAUUGCAUUUUCAAUCACUUA